CUUGAACUUUGAUUAUAGUGGCAUUGACACACCUGUUCACGCCGUCGUUUGACAGUAAAUGUUACUUCCGGUGUGGGGAUUUGAUCCAUUGAAAAAUCUGAGGGAGCAUAUUUACAUACGAAAUUGGGAUUUACAGUUUGUGUUUCCUGCAGUGAAAUGAGUGGUCACCUUUUCACUCGUAUAAAUAUAUUUAUCUGAAAUGGUAAGAUGUAGAAAUAUUUAAUGUUAUGUGUAAAUUAUAGCUGAGUCUCCGAUUCAAACUCGAGACCCAACGGAAAAGUUCAGCGACUUUAACGGACGUUUCACUCAUGUACAUUAUGUUUGGGGUAGUUUUCGUCCAGUUACUAGUGAAUGGCGUCUUCUGUGUUACAGGUGAAAUGAAGACGCUGUCAGUGAUGGAGGGAGAUUCUGUCACUUUACAUGCUAAUUUUACCGAAAUACAGAGAGCUGAGCUGAUAACGUGGACGUUUGGAGCGGACGGCAUUCGCAUAGCUCAGAUCAACAAUGUUGUCAAUAAGGUCUCGAUAUACGAAGAUGCCCUUGAUGGGAGAUUCAGAGACAGACUGAAACUAGACGAACAAACUGGAUCUCUGACCAUCGCAGACAUCGUAAUGAAACAUGCUGGAGUUUACCAAAUACAGACCUUUGGCGGAAAUGAGGCUCCAGCCAAGACAUUCAGCAUAAUUGUUUCCACUCAUCUGCCUGUUCCUGUCCUCAUCUUCAACUUUUCUCAAUGUUCCUCAUCUUCAUCAGUGCACUAUUGUUCAGUGCUGUGUUCAGUGGUGAAUGUGAGCGCUGUGAGUCUCUCCUGGAACAAAGGAAACAGUGUAUUGUCCAGCAUCAGUGUGUCUGAUCUCAGCAUCAGUCUCUCUCUACCUCUGGAGGUGGAAUAUCAGGAUAGCAACACCUACAGCUGUGUGAUCGACAACCCCAUCAGCAAUCAGACCACACAUCUGGACAUCAGCACACUCUGUCAGCCAUGUUCAGCGCCAGAUUUGUCCUCUGGUUAUAUAGCGUUGGUGAUCUGCUUUUGUGCCGUGGCUUCAGUUUUGAUAAUAGUUUUGUGUGGUGUUUGCUAUUACUAUCGUCAUCAUCGCAGGACGCCUAAACAAGCCAGUUAUCACGAACGACCUGAUGGGGAGGAAUUUAUUGGACUAACUAAUGGUGUAGUGUCUGGGAACAGUGAUCAGUCAGACAAUGCAAGUGCAAAAAUGAGUGAUGAUGAGGAGGACGGGCUAGUUGCUGAUAUGCUUGAGAGAGAUGAAAUUACCUCAGUGCCAGUGAUGGUGGGACAUUCGGCUACACUAAAUACUGGAAUCCCUGAAAUCCAGCACAACGAGUUGGUCUGGUGGACGUUUGCUGAAUACAGAGAAAUCGGCCGCUCUCCAUUUGUGGUCAUCGCUGAAUGGGAUAAAACAAACAACAAGCAAAACCUGUUUAAUGGAGAUAUAUUCAAAGACGUGAAGCUGAACCAGAGGACUGGAUCUCUGACCAUCACAAAAAUCACACAGAAACACUUUGGAUAUUAUAAACUGUGCAUAAACAGUGAAGGACAGAGGAUCUCCAAGACGUUCAGCGUUGUUGCUAAAAACCCCUGGAAAAGAAAGUCGAGUCGAAUUGAGAGGAGACAAACUUCCCCCUGAUGAAGAAGGAAGAGCACACAUAUGAUCAUAUAAACACUGGAAUGUUAAAUGUUUAUUUUUUCACAGAUCCUACAGACAGUAGGAGCAGAAUUGUUGAUCAAUUGCUGUUACAUCCUUAUUUUAAUAAACUGUUUUCGCUUUUAUUGUGAUUGAUAAAUGCUGCCUGCUGUGAA